AGUGUUCCAGUUGUACCAAGGUGCCGCCCCGGAGAGCUUCCCUUUGCUUGCUUCCUUCUACCUGGGCCCAGCUGUGGUUGGCUUUGGCGGUUGGUUGGGCAGCCCUCCGCCACCCCCUGGGAAGCAGGAAGAGGCGGGCAGGCAUUGGGGCUCCCAACCGGGGAGGGAGGAGUACCUUAGCCGGGCACGAUGUACCAGACCGAGACAGAUUUGAUGGAGGUGAUCCAGGGUCCUUCUCCAACCCCUGAGCUGUCCCCUGCAGCUUUUAUCAACGCGGUGCAGUACGCUAACGUCUUGGAGGGCAGGUUCAAGCAACUACAAGAUGAACGAGAAGCGGUACAAAAGAAGACGUUCACCAAAUGGGUCAACUCUCACCUGGCCCGGGUCACCUGCCGUAUCAGUGAUCUGUACAGCGACCUACGAGAUGGACGGAUGCUGCUGCGUCUCCUGGAAGUGCUCUCAGGGGAGCAAUUGCCCAAGCCAACCAAGGGCCGAAUGCGGAUCCACUGUCUGGAGAAUGUAGACAAAGCCCUCCAGUUUUUAAAGGAGCAACGGGUCCAUCUGGAAAACAUGGGCUCCCACGAUAUUGUGGACGGCAACCACCGACUCACGCUGGGCCUCAUCUGGACAAUCAUCCUCCGCUUCCAGAUUCAAGACAUCAGUGUGGAGACGGAGGAUAACAAGGAGAAAAAGUCUGCAAAAGAUGCCCUCCUCCUUUGGUGCCAGAUGAAGACAGCUGGAUACCCAAAUGUGAACGUCCAUAAUUUUACCACAAGCUGGAGAGAUGGUCUGGCUUUCAACGCAAUUGUCCACAAACACAGGCCAGAUCUGAUAGACAUUGAUACCUUGAAGAAAUGUAACGCACACUACAAUCUCCAGAAUGCCUUCAACGUGGCCGAAAAGGAGCUCGGCCUUACCAAACUUUUGGAUCCUGAAGACGUGAAUGUAGACCAACCUGAUGAGAAGUCCAUCAUCACUUAUGUCGCCACCUACUACCACUAUUUCUCUAAGAUGAAGGCCUUGGCAGUGGAAGGGAAGAGGAUUGGAAAGGUGCUGGACUACGCCAUUGAAGCUGACAAGCUGAUAGAGAAGUACGAGACUCUGGCCUCCGAUCUCCUACAGUGGAUUGAACUGACCAUCUUGACCCUGAAUGACCGGAAGCUGGCUAACUGCCUGAGUGGCGUGCAGAACCAGCUGCAGGCUUUUAAUACCUAUCGCACAGUGGAGAAACCAGCCAAAUUCACGGAGAAGGGGAAUCUCGAAGUUCUGCUCUUCACCAUCCAGAGUAAAAUGAGAGCCAACAAUCAGAAAGUUUACACCCCGCGGGAAGGCAGGCUGAUUUCUGACAUCAACAAGGGCUGGGAGCGCCUGGAAAAGGCAGAGCAUGAGCGGGAACUGGCUCUGCGCAAUGAAUUAAUUCGGCAAGAGAAACUGGAGCAACUGACAGCUCGCUUCGACCGCAAAGCAGCCAUGCGAGAAACCUGGCUGAGUGAAAACCAGCGCCUCGUCUCCCAGGACAACUUUGGCUCAGAUAUUUCAGCCGUGGAGGCUGCCGUGCGCAAACACGAAGCCAUCGAGACGGACAUUGUGGCCUACAACGAGCGGGUGAUGGCUGUGAAUGCCGUGGCCGAUGAGUUGGAGGCAGAGGGCUACCACGACAUCAAGCGGGUGCUGGCACGUAAGAACAACGUGGUACGACUCUGGGACUACCUCCGCGAACUGGUGGCUGCUCGUCGCGAACGCCUCCAGCUCCACUUUGAGCUGCAGAAAAUACUUCAGGACUUGACCUACCUCAUGGACUGGUUGGAAGAAAUGAAGGGUCGCCUCCAAUCUCAGGACUUUGGGAAACACUUGCAUGGUGUGGAUGACCUGCUUCAGAUUCAUGCUCUGGUGGAAGCCGACAUUGCUGUCCAGGCCGAACGGGUAAAAGCCAUCAGUACUGCUGCUCAACGUUUUGCCACUCCUGGAGAAGGAUACAAACCCUGCGAUCCCCACCUUGUCGAAGAGCGAGUGGCAACGCUGAACCGGUGCUAUCAGGAACUGGUGGCCUUGGCCGCCCAACGCCGUGCCAAGCUGGAGGAGUCGCGCCGCCUCUGGAAGUUCUUCUGGGACAUGGGGGAGGAGGAGGCCUGGAUCCGCGAACAGAGCCAGAUCCUCUCCUCCGAUGACUUCGGCAAGGACUUGACGAGCGUGCUGCGCCUCACCAGCAAGCACAACGCUUUCCGCGAUGAGAUGACGGGCCGGGCUGGGCCGUUGCAGCAGAGCAUCGCCGAAGGUCGUCAGCUGGUGUCCGAGGGCCACUUUGGAGCUACUGAGGUGGCCGAGCGGAUCCAGGAAAUCGAAGAGCAGUGGGAUCAGCUGGAGGCUCUGUCAAGUGAGCGGGAACGGCGUCUUCUCCAAGCCUCCAACCUUUAUCAGUUCCAGGCCGAUGCCAACGACAUGGAGGCCUGGUUGCUGGACACUCUCCGCUUGGUCUCCAGCUCGGACAUGGGCCAUGAUGAAUACUCGACCCAGAGCCUGGUCAAGAAGCACAAGGACGUGGAGGAAGAGAUUCACAACCACCGGCCGGCCCUGGAUGCGCUCCACGAGCAGGCCCGCAGCUUGCCCUCCAACUUUGCCCAUUCCCCCGAAGUGGACGGGCGCUUGCCAGCCCUGGAGCAGCGCUACGAAGAACUGGUGGAGCUGGCCGAGCACCGCAAACAGGCCCUGCAGGACGCCCUUAACCUUUACAAGAUGUUCAGCGAAGCCGACGCUUGCAGCCUUUGGAUCAGCGAACGGGAGUACUGGAUCGAAACGAUGGACGUGCCGGAGAGGUUGGAAGACCUGGAAGUGGUGCAGCAAAGGUUUGAGACCCUGGAGCCAGAAAUGAAUAACCUGGCCUCUCGCAUCGCGGCAGUCAACGAGAUUGCAAGCCAGCUUUUGGGCGCCGAUCACAGAAACAAGGAAAGCAUUCAAGCCACCCAGGAACAGCUCAAUAUUCGGUGGCAGCAGUUCCAGUCCUUGGCGAGCCAAAAGAAGGAGGCCUUGACCUCGGCCCUCAGCAUCCAGAACUACUUCUUGGAGUGCAACGAAACCAAGGCUUGGAUGCGGGAGAAAACCAAGGUGAUCGAAUCGACCCAAGGUCUGGGCAACGACCUGGCAGGGGUGAUGGCUCUGCAGCGCAAGCUGGCUGGCAUGGAGCGUGAUCUGGAGGCCAUCCAGGGCAAAGUCACGGACUUGCACGAGGAGGCAGACCGGUUGUCGGCCCAGCACCCGGAACAAGCCGCCGCCAUCUCCAGCCGGCUCGCCGAAAUCGACGGGACUUGGGACGAGCUGCGGGGAACCAUGCGGCGUCGCGAGGAGUCCCUAGGAGAAGCCAGCAAGCUUCAGGGCUUCCUGCGGGACCUGGACGACUUCCAGGCGUGGCUCUUGCGCACCCAGACCGCCAUCGCCUCCGAGGACGUCCCGGCUACCCUGCCAGAGGCAGAGCAGCUGCUGAGCCAACACGAGACCAUCCGGAACGAGGUGGAGCAUUACAAGGCCGACUACCAGCGCUUGCGGACCAUGGGGGAAGAGGUGACGCAAGGCCACACCGACGCCCAGCACAUGUUCCUUCAGCAGCGCCUCCAGGCCCUCGACACAGGAUGGAACGAACUCGGGCAGAUGUGGGAGAACCGGCACCAGCUGCUUUCGCGGGCUUACAGCUUCCAGAUCUUCCUGAGGGACACCAAGCAAGUGGAAGGUGUGCUCAGCAACCAGGAAUAUGUGUUGACUCACACCAGCAUGCCCAGCUCUCUCCAGGCUGCCGAGGCUGCCAUUAAGAAACAUGAAGAUUUCAUGACCACCAUGGAAGCCAACGGAGAGAAGAUCAAAGGCCUGGUGGACUCUGGGCGGAAACUCAUCCUGGAAGACAGCCUGCACUCUGACAAGAUCCAGGAGAAGGUUAACUCUAUUGACAGUCGACACAGAAAAAACCAGGAAGCAGCUCAAGAUCUCCUGGCCCGGCUCCGGGACAAUCGAGUCCUUCAACAUUUCCUCCAAGAUUGUCAAGAGCUCACCCUGUGGAUCAACGAAAAGAUGCUCUCAGCCCAGGAUAUGUCCUACGACGAAGCCCGAAACCUCCACACUAAGUGGCAGAAGCACCAGGCCUUCAUGGCGGAGUUGGCCUCCAACAAGGGCUGGCUUGAGAAGAUCCAAAAGGAAGGGGAGCAGCUGGUGUCCGAGAAGCCCGAACUGGAGCCCGUGGUGAGAGCCAAGCUGGAUGAACUCCAGAAACUCUGGCAAGAAUUAGAAUCCAGCACCCAGAGCAAGGCUCAGUGCCUCUUCGAUGCCAACCGGGCCGAGCUCUUCACCCAGAGCUGCUCGGCCCUGGAGGCUUGGCUCAGCGGCCUGCAGGCUCAGCUGCACUCGGACGACUAUGGCAAGGACCUGACCAGCGUCAACAUCUUGCUCAAGAAACAGCAGUUGCUGGAGAACCAGAUGGACGUGCGGGAGAAAGAGGUGGAAGGGCUGAAGGCUCAGGCAUUGGCUCUCAGCCAGGAAGAUUCCAACACAGUGGAAGUGGAUGGGAAAUUGCGGUCAGUGGAAGGAAAAUUUACGGAGCUCAGAGCACCGCUGCGGGAACGAUGUGAGAAGCUGCUGGCCUCCAAGGAGGAGCACCAGUUCAACCGUGAUCUGGAGGAUGAAAUAUUAUGGGUGAAGGAAAGGAUGCCCAUGGCCGUUUCCACGGAUCAUGGCAAAGACCUGCCCACUGUCCAGCUGCUGAUUAAGAAGAACCAGACUCUGCAGAAGGAGAUCCAAGGUCACCAGCCACGGAUCAACGACAUUGUGGGGAGGUGGCAGGGGCUGGCGUGCAGCGGUCUGGAGGCGGAGCUUCAGGGCCGAGUCGAGACGCUAGAGGAGAUAUGGCGGGAGCUGCAAGACCAGGUGGACCAGAGGCGUGGGCGGCUGGAGAAAGCCCAAAUGGCCCAGCAGUUUUACUUCGACGUCGCCGAAGCCGAGGCCUGGAUGGGUGAACAGGAGUUGCACAUGAUGUCAGAGGAGAAGGCGAAAGAUGAGCUGAUUGCUCAGGCCAUGGUCAAGAAACAUUUGGGGAUGGAGCAGGCUCUGGAAGAUUAUGCCCAGACUGUCCAUCAACUCUCCGUGCAGAGCCGGGACAUGGUGAAUAACAACCACCCUGAAAGUGAGAGGAUCAAUCUUCGGCAAGGCCAAGUGGACAAGCUCUAUGCCAGCUUGAAGGAUCUGGCAGAAGAGCGUCGGGCCAAACUGCAGGAGCAUCUUCGUCUCUGCCAGCUGAAGCGGGAAGUGGAUGACUUAGAGCAAUGGAUCUCAGAACGGGAAGUGGUGGCGGCCUCCCACGAACUUGGGCAAGAUUACGAACACGUUACGAUGCUGCGGGACAAGUUCCGGGAAUUCUCACGUGACACCAGCACCAUUGGCCAGGAGAGAGUGGACGGUGUCAACCGUCUGGCGGACGAGAUGAUCUCCACUGGCCAUUCCGAGAACGCCACCAUUGCGGAGUGGAAGGACAGCUUGAAUGAAGCCUGGGCAGAUCUCCUGGAACUCAUUGACACUAGAAGCCAGAUGUUGGCAGCUUCUUAUGAGUUACACCGCUUCUACCACGAUGCCCGGGAGACUCUCAGCCAGGUCCAGAACAAACAGAAGCAGCUCCCGGACGAAGCAGGGAGAGACCUCAACACAGCUGAAGCCUUGCAAAGGAUGCACACAGCCUACGAACAUGACAUUCAAGCCUUGAGUGCUCAGGUAAAACAGGUGCAGGACGACGCAGCACGGCUGCAGAAGGCCUAUGCCGGCGAAAAGGCUGAUGACAUCCGGAAGCACGAGCAGUCGGUGAGCGAGGCCUGGUCUGACCUCCUCGGCGGCAGCAGUGACCGUCGGCAACUCCUUAUGGACACGGUGGACAAAUUCCGUUUUUUUGGCAUGGUACGAGACCUUCUGCUAUGGAUGGAUGACAUCAACCUUCAGAUAGAUGCCCAGGAGAAGCCCAGGGAUGUGUCAGCUGCCGACCUGGUCAUCAAGAAUCAUCAAGGGAUCAAGGCCGAGAUGGAGGCCCGGACCGACAGCUUCAACGCCUGCAUAGCAAUGGGAGAUGAUUUACUGGCUAAGGGGCACUACGCUUCUACGAAGAUUGUGGAGAAAUUGUCUCAGUUGCAGAAACGACGCAAGGAGACCAACGAUAAAUGGCGAGAGAAAAUGGACUGGUUGCAAAUAGUGAUGGACGUGCUGAUGUUCGGGCGUGAUGCCAGCAUGGCGGAAGCCUGGCUUGCCAGCCAGGAGCCCAUCGUGCGCUCUACUGAACUGGGUGACAACGUGGACGAAGUUGAAAACCUGAUCAAGCGACACGAGGGCUUUCAGAAAUCGGUCGCCGCUUGGGAGGAGCGUAUCCUGGCACUGGAGAAACUCACCACGCUGGAAGAGAAAGAACAUCGUGAGCAGGAAGAAGCGAGGAAGAGGACAUCUCCGGCGCCAACCCCAUUGGAACCCACUGUCAUGAUACCGCAGACAGAUAAUACAGACGGGCAUCAUCUACCCAGCACCACUCAGACAAAUGGGAGCCCUGGACAGCAAGGCUUAACUCUCGAGUUGCCAUCCCAAAAUGGGCUUGACCCCGACUCUGAAUCUCCGCAGAUUUCAGAAUCAUCCUCUGCAGUCAAUGGGUCACAGCUGGAUUCUGUAUCCAAGGGCAAAGAGCCAAGCCCACCCGUCUCACCUAAACUCAGCUCCAAGCCAGCUGUUUUCAGCACGGAUCCUGCUCAGUCGGUCACGCUGCCCCCCCGGACGCCAGACGACUCCGCUUCAGGGCAGAUGGGAGGGAUAUUACAUCGGAAGCAGGAAAUGGAAUCCCACGGCAAAAAGGCAGCUAACAGGUCUUGGCAGACUAUCUAUUGUGUGGUGCAGAAAAACAGCUUUGGGUUCUACAAAGACGGCAAGCAUGCCACCAACAGCAUCCCCUACCACGGGGAAGCGCCCGUCAGCUUGCAGGGCGCGCAGUGCAACGUGGCUCUGGAUUACAAGAAGCGCAAGCAUGUCUUUAAGCUCGGAUUGACAGAUGGCAAAGAAUAUUUAUUCCAGGCGAAGGAUGAGGCGGAGAUGAGUACUUGGAUGCGAGUGAUCAAUGCUGCUGCUGCGUCCGCCCUCACCCCCCAAGACCCCGCGGAAGACCAGCCUGCACUCAUCAGCAAAGGCAUGACACGAGCCAUGACGAUGCCAGCCGGGCCCCCGCACAGCGCCUCGGAAGGAACUGUCACCCUGCGUAGCAAAGAGGCGAAGGAGAAGGACCGGGAGAAACGUUUCAGUUUUUUCAAGAAGAAUAAAUAGGAGUCCUUGGUGGGAGAGGGGCAGGGGGGGCUCUGCUGCUGUUGGCAAAAUCUGUACAGGCCUGAGCAGUGAUAUGGGGUGUGGCGAGGGGCUUGAGUUCGGCAAGGGGAGCCAGGUUGGGGGUGUAACCAAAGCGGCCGUCGCUCUUUUCUUAAAAUUCCUGCAGAUUGCAUGAAGCAUCUCUGACGUUUACAAGGAAUGCCUUCCGUUCCAGGCCCCCUUCCUUCCUUCCCCGUAACAAAGAGAAACCAAAACCAUCGUCUUGGUUGAAACAGGAGGGUGACCACAGUGGCAAAGACGGUUAUGGAGGUGCAAAAGGGUGGGGAAAGACCUCCCCAGGAAUGGGGCAGUAGAUUGUCAGAUGCUGGACAUCUAGUGGGGAUUGGGGGCGGGGCGGUGCAGUGUCCGUGGGUCUGGGCAAACAGGCCACAGAAAGAGAGGUGGCAUGGGGCUGAUCCCAGACUGGUGUUUUUAACGAUGUCGGCCUUUUUGUGGGUUCUGGUAGAAGCGACACCCUUGGAAGUCCCACAGGUACAAAAUUCAGGCUUCCAGAGUCGAUUCUACUACAUUUGCUCACUCUCUUCCUCCUCCUCCUUUUCCGUCAUCUCUGCUCCAAGGCUGUUAAGAUUCUCUCUCCUCCCUCUGCAGGCAAAAUCUCGUUGGAAUAAAAAAAAAAGGAAACAGUCUAUGCGCCACUUCGGCCCCGCGCAAACCCAAGAAAAGCUUCUUCUAAACAUCCGAACAAUCCCCCUCCCCCUUUCAAAGUCCCGUCUGUAUACACACUUCAUGUGCACGCACACACACCCUCUAAAAAUCGAACCGAGGAUGCACAACGCUGUGCCGUUCGUCCCCGGAGCUUAAGCACUGUUUGUGCGUCUGUAGUUUAGGAAGUGCGCCUCCUUCGGUGGGAAAUGAAGCCGGGCCAAGAAUGCUGAGCUUGCAAUGUGCCUGGUGCUCUUCGCACAUAUUUCUACGGCUUGCCGUAUCCUGGAGGCAACAAGGUAUGGAGGCAGGAGGGCGAAAACAUUGGGGAGGAUGAUACCCCAAUGUCUUGAGACUGGGCUGCCCGCCCACCAAAGUUGCCUCCCGCUUCCUAAAAGUUCGAAUCUCUCAGGCGCUCCAGAAUAAGUGGAGGAUCGUCCGUGAUCAUCCCCGAUGCUUGCUAAGAGGUUCUCAUAGGAAACCCGAGCUAGAUCCCUCUCGACCCAGGGAGCAGCGAUCAAUGCCAUCCUCCCCCGCAUUUUGCUUUAAAAUCCCCCCCGAAAUCCACGCCACACAUGGCAGUGCUGUUAUCACCAAUUCUGUUUUGGAUUUUGCAUUCUUUGGGCAAAACUUCCCCCCGACUAGCACCCUCCAGCCCGGGCAAUGCCAGCUGAGAAAAUCGGAAGGCGAGGUUCCAAUGCACUUGGUGGAUCUCCAAGGUUGGGAAGGCCAGUUUCAUAGCCUCCCUCCAGCCACUAUUCUAUGCAAAAUUCAUCGACCCAUAGACCCCCCCCCUCCUUUUGUUAAGUCCUCGGAAUUAGGACAAAAAAAAAAUCUUCCUACCAAUAAAGAUCGCCAAGUGGUGGAGUUUCCUUUCCUCAGGCAAACAGCAUCGCUCUCCAGUUGAUCACUUAAGAGAUUUUAAAAUUGUCCCCUGUGGCUAUGUGUCACGGAUCUCUCCGCCCCCCCCCCCCCCCGAGUGAGCCCAUGCUCUACGAAUGGCAGAAGAGAACAGCUUGCAGGACCUAACAUAGAAACAGGAAGGUGAAAAUUUUCCCUAGAGCUGCUGUAUUGCCAUGAAAUUCUCACUCAUCCACUGACAAGCACCCAGGUUGGCACACUGGGUUGGCUGGACAGUUGCUUGCCAGGGUCUCAUGGACCUCCCCCACUCUUCUCUUCCUAUCUCCCCGGUCUUGGUCCCUGGACCUGGGUGUGCCUUCCAUUUGUCCUCUGAUUGUCGCCCUGCAUUGCCACCUCGCCUCUGCAGCCUUGCCUGGCGCAGAGAGCAUCGCCUCUCUUCCCUUCGGGCACAAAGGACGCCGAAAAGCAAGUCUUGGGCGCACGGAUGGAGUUGCAGAAAGACCCAGAGGGACGGCCUGCCUGCCUUACGAUGUGCAGGAAUGUUGUUCUUUUUUUUUCUUUUUCUUUUCCAUGCUGCUUAGAGGAGGGGAGGGGGGGAAAGAGGCCUGGCCUACAAGUGAAACACCCUUGCCUUCUCGGCACGCCCCCUCAAGGCCCCCAGCAGUGUUCUCUGUGCUUGUUGGGGACUGUUAUCCAUGUGUUUGCAGUGACAUCUGUUUCAAUAUUUUUUGGGGGAGAAAUAAAAAAAGAAUCUGUGGACAGUC